UCGGAAGGAAGGGCUGCAGCUUACAGCAACAGAGUUUAGACUGUCUUUGCUUCAUCAUCUGAAGGUAAAAUUUUCCAGAUACGGCAGACGGCUUUCAGAGCACAAUAAACAGGGACUGAGAACUAUUUACAUGGAAAUCUCUUCCUCAUGAUGCAGUGGAGAAGCCUCGGUCCCUUGAUUCUGCCAGAUGUUCCUGGGGUUACUGUACAUGGGAAGGACAGGCAGAGCUAAACAAGGUUCAUGAUUUGAAAGUGCCUGUGUGAAGUCACUUUUGCUGCAGACUUCAGCUUGGGAGCUCUUUCUGUGUUCACAUCUUGUUUUUCUCUCAAAUACAUUUCACCCUGACCUUAUGAGUGGAUGAAGAUACCUCAGUUGUCUGGUUUUGUCAAUUGCUUAAUUUCAGAAUUGAAAAAGAAGGAAGAAAAACAAUUCUGCUAAAAUAUGAACAUCUGAGUGGCUUAUGUUUGAGCACCAUCAAUAGCUGUGAGUGUCAGAACUAAAUAUUCUCCCAAGGAGUGCCAUGAUAUUGGAGUCAAUUUAUUAAAAACAGUUGUAUCUGCAAAACAGUGAAGAGACUCAGACGUUUAUAGCCAGAGAUGACACUGAGCAUGCUUUUAUUGCGGCCCGCAGUCUUCAAGUGGAACAUAUUGAUUGAUGAGUGACUGCCUGCCAAUAAACUCUCUCAUCACUCUGCUUCCUGGACUGGACUUCAUUAAGCGAUUUAUCACUUACCUUCAGACUUACAUGUGGGAGUUUUCACAGCAGUAGUUUUGGAAUCAUUGGAACUUGGAUUGAUUUCAUCAUUCAACAGAAACUUAACAGAGUCCAAAUUACUUUAUCAUCAUGGCUUUGAACGUUACCCCAGUCAGAGACACGAAAUGGCUGACGUUGGAAGUCUGCAGACAGUUUCAAAGAGGAACGUGCUCACGCUCUGAUGAAGAAUGCAAAUUUGCUCACCCUCCAAAAAGUUGCCAGGUUGAAAAUGGAAGAGUAAUCGCCUGCUUUGAUUCCCUAAAGGGCCGAUGUUCGAGAGAGAACUGCAAGUAUCUUCACCCUCCGACACACUUAAAAACUCAACUAGAAAUUAAUGGGAGGAACAAUUUGAUCCAGCAAAAAACUGCAGCAGCGAUGCUUGCCCAGCAGAUGCAAUUUAUGUUUCCAGGAACACCACUUCAUCCAGUGCCCACUUUUCCUGUAGGUCCCGCAAUAGGGACAAAUACAGCUAUUAGCUUUGCUCCUUACUUAGCACCUGUAACCCCUGGAGUUGGGUUAGUCCCCACGGAAAUUCUACCCACCACACCCGUUAUUGUUCCCGGAAGUCCACCCGUCACUGUCCCGGGCUCCACUGCAACUCAGAAACUUCUCAGGACUGACAAACUGGAGGUCUGCAGGGAGUUCCAGCGAGGAAACUGUGCCCGGGGAGAGACCGACUGCCGCUUUGCACACCCCGCAGACAGCACCAUGAUCGACACAAACGACAACACCGUAACCGUUUGUAUGGAUUACAUAAAGGGGCGUUGCAUGAGGGAGAAAUGCAAAUAUUUUCACCCUCCUGCACACUUGCAGGCCAAAAUCAAAGCUGCGCAGCACCAAGCCAACCAAGCUGCGGUGGCCGCCCAGGCAGCUGCGGCCGCGGCCACAGUCAUGGCCUUUCCUCCUGGUGCUCUUCAUCCUUUACCAAAGAGACAAGCACUUGAGAAAAGCAACGGGGCCAGCACGGUGUUUAACCCCAGCGUCUUGCACUACCAGCAGGCUCUGACCAGCGCACAGUUGCAGCAACACACUGCGUUUAUCCCAACAGGGUCAGUUUUGUGCAUGACACCCGCUACCAGUAUUGUACCCAUGAUGCACAGCGCUACGUCCGCCACUGUCUCUGCAGCAACAACUCCUGCAACAAGUGUCCCCUUCGCAGCAACAGCCACAGCCAAUCAGAUAAUUCUGAAAUAAUCAACAGAAACGGAAUGGAAUGCCAAGAAUCUGCAUUGAGAAUAACUAAACAUUGUUACUGUACAUACUAUCCUGUUUCCUCCUCAAUAGAAUUGCCACAAACUGCAUGCUAAAUAAAGAUUUAGUUCUUCUGGACAGACCACAACUCUAAGAAGCUAGUGCUGCUAUAUCAUAUAUGAGUAUUAAAUAUGGUAUGCUUAGUAUAUUCCAACCUAAGAUAGUUAACUACCUGAGACCAGCUGUGAUGUUUAAAGACAUAAAGGAUAAAGUUUACUUUUAAAGGGUUCCUAAACAUAGUUUCUGUCCUAGGAAUAUUGUCUUAUCUCCAUAACUAUAGCUGAUGCAGAAAGUCCAACCAAUGUACUCAUUUCGACUCAAUAUUUCAAAUUUAGCAAUAAACAAUUAGCAUUAGUUUAAAAACCUAUUCCAAGGGCAGGUUUGAUUCUAACUCCAAUUAUUGUCAUUUCAUUUACCCACUGGAUCAAAGGGUAUGUUUCACUUCUUGACAAGAUGAAUGCUGCAGCAAAGACAAGAAGUGAAGUAAAACCGAUACCUGUCCUGCAGGUCUAAAAUUUGAAUGGAAAUUCAAGCACAAGUACUGGGGACACAUCAAAGUGUGGUGUUUGGUUUGCCUGGAGAUGCCGCAUUGACUCACGUGAUUCUAGAAUAACAUUAAAUAGAUUGAAAAAGAAACUUUGCACGGUAUGAGCUUCAUACCCCACCAAACAAAGUCUUGAAGGUAUUAUUUUACAAGUAUAUUUUUAAAGUUGUUUUAUAAGAGAGACUUUGUAGAAGUGCCUAGAUUUUGCCAGACUUCAUCCAGCUUGACAAGAAUGAGAGACCCAUGCCAACAGUCUAAUCUAAGGGAUUAGUCUUUCAAACUCACCAUCCGGUUGCCUGUGACAGAAUAACUCUCCUAAACUAAAAACCUAGUCGAACAAGGAAGCUGUAGGUGAGGAGAUCUGUAUAAUAUUCUAAUUUAAGUAAGUUUGAGUUUAGUCACUGCAAAUUUGAUUGUGACUUUAAUCUAAAUUACUAUGUAAACAAAAAGUAGAUAGUUUCACUUUUUAAAAAAUCCAUUACUGUUUUGCAUUUCAAAAGUUGGAUUAAAGGGUUGUAACUGACUACAGCAUGGAAAAAAAAUAGUUCUUUUAAUUCUUUCACCUUAAAGCAUAUUUUAUGUCUCAAAAGUAUAAAAAACUUUAAUACAAGUACAUACAUAUUAUAUAUACACAUACAUAUAUAUAUACUAUAUAUGGAUGAAACAUAUUUUAAUGUUGUUUACUUUUUUAAAUACUUGGUUGAUCUUCAAGGUAAUAGCGAUACAAUUAAAUUUUGUUUAGAAAGUUUGUUUUAAAGUUUAUUUUAAGCACUAUCGUACCAAAUAUUUCAUAUUUCACAUUUUAUAUGUUGCACAUAGCCUAUACAGUACCUACAUAGUUUUUAAAUUAUUGUUUAAGAAACAAAACAGCUGUUAUAAAUGAAUAUUAUGUGUAAUUGUUUAAAACAUCCAUUUUCUUUGUGAACAUAUUAGUGAUUGAAGUAUUUUGACUUUUGAGAUUGAAUGUAAAAUAUUUUAAAUUUUUGGCAUCAUCACCUGUUCUGAAAACUAGAUGCACCAACCAUAUCAUUAUUUGUUUGAGAAAAAAGAAAUCUGCAUUUUAAUUCAUGUUGGUCAAAGUCUAAUUACUACCUAUUUAUCUUAUAUCGUAGAUCUGAUAACCCUAUCAAAAGAAAAUCACAUUCUAAGUGUAAUCUUACAUAUUGCUUGUAUCGUUGCAUUUGUUUUAAUUUGUGGAAAAGUAUUGUAUCUAACUUGUAUUACUUUGGUAGUUUCAUCUUUAUGUAUUAUUGAUAUUUGUAAUUUUCUCAACUAUAACGAUGUAGUUAUGCUACAACUUGCCUAAAACAUUCAAACUUAAUUUCUUUUCUCUUUUUUUUUCUUUAUUAAUUCAUUUAAACUCAUUGAAAACAUAGUAUACAUUACUAAAGCAUAAAUUAUGGGAAUCACAAAUAUUUUUGUAGAAUAAUUGUAACAUUGUCUUUCUUUUUUUUCUUUGGUUUCAUGAUUUUGAUUUUAAAAAUUAUUAGCACACAACUAUUUUCAGCCCUUUAAUAAUAGAGCAUCAAAAACAUCACCUGUAUCCCCAAACAAAUAUAGAAGACUGUAUUUUUUACUAUGAUAUCCAUUUUCCAGAAUUGUGAUUAUAAUAUGCAAAGAGUCAUAAAUAUGCCAUUUACAAUAAGGAGGAGGCAAGGCAAAUGCAUAGAUGUACAAAUAUAUGUACAACAGAUUUUUGCUUUUUAUUUAUUUAUAAUGUAAUUUUAUAGAAUAAUUCUGGGAUUUGAGAGGAUCUAAAACUAUUUUUCUGUAUAAAUAUUAUUUGCCAAAAGUUUGUUUAUAUUCAGAAGUCUGACUAUGAUAAAUAAAUCUUAAAUGCUUUGUUUAAUUACAAAAACAAAAAUCACCAAUAUCCAAGACAUGAAGAUAUCAAUUCAACAAAUACUGUAGUUAAGAGACUAACUCUCCACUUGUAUGGGAACUACAUUUCACUCUUGGUUUUCAGGAUAUAACAGCACUUCACUGAAAUAUUCUUUCAGCCAUACCACUAGUAACAUUUCUACUAAACCUUUCUUUAACACUUAAAGAAUUUCCUCAUUCAUUACCUUACAGUGUAAACAGGAGUCUAAUUUGUAUCAAUUCUAUGUUUGGGUUGUAAUAUUCAGUUCACUCACCCAAUGUACAACCAAUGAAAUAAAAGAAGCAUUUAAAAGGA